CAAGGCAAAGUAUGGAACAGCUAUGAUGAACCUAUGCAAGGAGCAAUGGAAGACACCACAGCGAGUAAUUGCAACAAGGGCCUCGGCAGAUGGUGUAACUGAAGCAUUUGUAAAGUGGACAUGUCUUCCUUAUGAUGAAUGCACUUGGGAAAGAAUGGAUGACCCCAUUUUUGCAAAGUCAAGUCACUUGAUUGACUUGUUCUUCAGGUUUGAAAAGAAAACAUUGGAGAAUGAUGCUACACCGCUUGACUUAAAGCGAAGGAAGGGUGAUCUACAAAUUAAUGAGGUCAUUAAUCUCACUGAACAGCCUAAAGAGUUGGCUGGAGGUUCUUUAUUUCCACAUCAGCUGGAAGCACUAAAUUGGCUUCGCAAAAGCUGGCAUAAAUCCAGAAAUGUGAUACUAGCUGACGAAAUGGGGCUUGGGAAGACUGUGUCAGCCUGUGCUUUCCUAUCAUCAUUGUAUUUUGAGUUUAACGCUACACUUCCUUGUUUGGUCUUGGUUCCUUUGUCUACAAUGCCCAAUUGGAUGUCAGAAUUUGCUCUCUGGGCGCCUGAGCUCAAUGUUGUGGAAUAUCAUGGUAACACAAAGGCAAGAGCCAUAAUACGCCAAUAUGAAUGCCAUGCUCGUAAUCCUGCUGGAUCAAAUGAGAAGUCUUCUGCAUUCAAAUUCAAUGUUCUUUUGACUACUUAUGAAAUGGUUCUAUGUGAUUCCUCUUAUCUACGUGGAGUUCCUUGGGAAGUUCUUGUGGUUGAUGAGGGUCACCGGCUGAAAAAUUCUAGCAGUAAGUUGUUUGGCUUGCUGAAUAUGUUUUCCUUCCAGCAUCGAGUAUUGUUGACUGGUACUCCGCUUCAGAACAACAUUGGAGAGAUGUACAAUCUGCUAAACUUUUUGCAGCAAGAUGCAUUUCCUUCGCUUGCUUUAUUUGAGGAGAGAUUCAAUGAUCUAACAACUGCAGAAAAAGUGGAGGAAUUGAAGAAACUUGUUGCUCCUCAUAUGCUGCGGAGACUGAAAAAGGAUGCUAUGCAGAAUAUUCCCCCCAAGAUAGAACGAGUGGUUCCUGUUGAGUUGUCAUCUAUUCAGGCAGAAUAUUAUCGCGCUAUGCUUACAAAGAACUACCAGAUAUUACGUAACAUAGGAAAAGGCGCUCCUCAGCAAUCAAUGCUGAAUAUUGUAAUGCAGUUAAGGAAGGUAUGCAAUCAUCCUUAUCUCAUGCCAGGCACUGAGCCUGAAUCCGGAUCAGUGGAAUUUCUUCAUGAGAUGAGAAUAAAAGCAUCUGCUAAGCUGACUCUGCUGCAUUCUAUGCUUAAACUAUUGCACAAAGAAGGCCACCGAGUUCUUAUCUUUUCACAGAUGACUAAAUUACUUGAUAUCCUUGAAGACUAUUUGUCUAUCGAAUUUGGGCCUAGGACAUAUGAGAGGGUAGAUGGCUCUGUUUCUGUGACUGAACGACAAGCUGCAAUUGCACGUUUUAACCAAGACAACAAUCGAUUCGUGUUCUUGUUAUCAACACGAUCUUGUGGCCUUGGCAUCAACUUGGCAACUGCUGAUACUGUUAUUAUAUAUGAUUCGGAUUUCAAUCCACAUGCAGAUAUCCAGGCUAUGAAUCGAGCACAUAGAAUAGGACAGUCGAAAAGACUUCUUGUUUACAGGCUUGUUGUGCGUGCAAGUGUUGAAGAGCGUAUCUUGCAGCUUGCAAAGAAAAAGCUGAUGCUUGACCAACUCUUCGUCAACAAAUCUGGAUCGCAGAAGGAGGUGGAAGACAUCCUAAAGUGGGGUACAGAAGAACUUUUUGGUGAUUCACCUUCCAUGGCUGGAAAAGAUGGUGAAAACAACAGCGAUAAAGAUGAAGCACAUGCAGAGAUAGAACCAAGUAGUAAGAGGAGAACUGGUGGCCUCGGGGAUGUAUACAAAGACAAAUGCGCUGAUGGAGGUACCAAGAUUGUGUGGGAUGAAAAUUCCAUUCUGAAACUGCUGGACCGCUCAAACCUUCAGUCUGGUUCACCAGAAAAUGCCGAAGCAGGAUUAGAGAAUGACAUGCUUGGUUCAGUUAAGUCACUAGAAUGGAAUGACGAGCCUAUAGAAGAACAAGCUGGAACGGAAGCAGUUCCUUUGGAAAUCAAUGACGCAAGUGAACAGAGUUUUGAAAAGAAAGUUAAUAGUUUGGUCGUCGUUAAUGAAGAAAACGAAUGGGACAAGCUUCUGCGAGUUAGAUGGGAGAAAUAUCAGAAUGAGGAGGAAGCAGCUCUAGGUCGUGGGAAACGCCAAAGAAAGGCUAUUUCUUACAGGGAGGCAUAUGUAGCUCAUACCACUGUAGCACCAAAUGAAAACGGAGCUGAUGAGGAACCAGAGCAUGAACCCGAGCCUGAGCGUGAGUACACACCGGCAGGACGGGCUCUAAAAGAAAAAUUCACCAAACUCCGUCUGAGGCAAAAGGAAAGAUUAUCCAGAAGGGAUGUGACAGAAUCUUCAACUCCAGUUCAGAGACCAGAUGGUGUCUUAAUACCUAAUGUCCAUGAAGACAGUCAAACGGCUGCUCAAUCUCGGUGUGCUGAAGAAAAACCUACAAUGGUUGAUGUGGACAACAACAAUCGCAGUCAGCCAGUAGGACGCAACAGCAUGACUGACUCAGCCUUGAAGUUGGGAAGGAUGUCAAAGCAGAAAACUAAUUUUCCUCUGGAAUUUUCUCGGAAUUAUGAUCAGAUGCAGGGCACUAGCUCAAUAGAUGCUAUGCGCAACAACUUGCUGCCAGUUAUAGGAUUAUGUGCACCUAAUGCUCCAAACAACAUGGAGAUGCUGCACCGUAAAGCCCCUAGACCUUACCGGCAAUUCAAGCAAGGUAUUGGGCUAGAUUUUCCCCUACCCGCUUCCUGUUCUGCCUCUGGCCCGUCCAAUGAGAUCAGCGGCAAAGGUAGUGAGAUGGCUCCGUAUAUGUUACCCGAUCGUUUACCUGGAACUUCUCAGGCGCCGAGCAAGAGUGAUGCCCCUAGAUAUCCACCCUUUACUCCACAUUCUUUGAAUAUCCUUAAAGGUAAAGGGACUAUGAUGGAGAACUCGAGGAAUGCAGGCAGUAUGUUUUCUGAUUUUCAAGAAAAGAUGCUACUGCCCAAACUGCCUUUUGAUGAGAAGUUGCUGCCUAGAUAUCCAUUUCCGGGUGCAAACAUGCUGAGUGCAGCUCCUGAUAUGUUUCCAAGCUUAUCAUUGGGAUCGAGAGUUGCAGAGCCAUCUGAAGCUGCCCAUAACAAUCUUCCCAUGCUGCCAUUGUUUCCCAAUCUCAAAUUCCCACCAGAUCCAUCAAAAUAUAAUCAACAAGAACAUGAGAUGCCUCCGGCAUUUGGCACAAGUCAGAUGACACCUCCAUUCUCGUCUUUUCCUGAAAACCACAGGAAGGUUCUAGAAAACAUCAUUCUGAGAACUGGAGCUGGAUCAAACAGCAUGCUGAAAAAGAAAUCUAAGUUAGAUAUCUGGUCCGAGGAUGAGCUUGAUUCUCUUUGGAUAGGCGUACGUAGGCAUGGAAGGGGCAAUUGGGAGGCUAUGAUACAGGAUCCGAGGUUGAGGUUUUCAAAGUAUAAAACAGCUGAGGAUUUGGCAGCAAGGUGGGAAGAAGAACAACUGAAGGUCCUAGAUGUGCCAUGGCUUCCUACACUGAAGCCUCCUGUACCUCCCAAGUUUUCUAAUCCUCUGUUUUCUGGAAUAUCUGAUGUGAUGAUGGCACGGGCACCGCACGGAGCUUCCUCAGAUGGAAUGAUGGCACAGGCAUUGCACGGUACAAAGUUCAAUGGGCCAAUGAAGUUCCAUCCACACGUAACAGACAUGAGAUUGGGCCUUGCUGGUCCAUCCGCUGCACCGUAUUUAGAACCAUCUGAUGCACCUCCUGUGAAUUGGCCAUUUCCCCGCGAUUUUUUUGCUGGAAACAUUGAGAGACCAUUCGGUUCUUCUGGUGCACCUAUGGAUUCACCAUUUCUGCUGAACUCACUAGGCACUAGUUGUUUGGAUCCUCUUGCAAUGCUGCAAAGAGUGAAGCAAAGGGAUGCAGCAGCUGGUUUGGGGAUAAUGCCUGGCCUUACGGGAAGCACUGACCUCGCACGUUCUAUUCCAGUUCUUGAUGACAACAUUCAAAACCUUUCCAAGUCUAAAGGAAAGGAAGAGGCUGCUGGAUUUACAUCACCGAAAGGGAAACUGCCUCAUUGGCUUCGAGAAGCAGUGAAUGCUCCUGGUAAAUCACCAGAGCCUGAGUUGCCUCCUACUUUAUCCGCGAUAGCACAAUCUGUCCGUGUGUUAUAUGGUGAAGGCUCAUCUCAAAUUCCUCCGUUUCUCGUCCCCGGACCACCUCCACCUAAACCCAUGGAUCCUUUGCAUGGAUUAAAAAAGAAUAAGAAGAAGAAAAAGAAAAGGAAGUCACACGGCCCUAGAGAAGACGUUGCCUCGAUCUCUACAGCUCAAGUGCCUGUGCAGGCAAUAUCAGAGACUUCAGGUUCGGGGUUCCCCACGAUUAAGGUUGAUCCGAGCGUGCCAGGUCUCAACUUGGAAACAAGUCAGCCAUCAUUAUCUGCACCAAUUCCUCCCAAGAUUUGUUUUGCAGGACUGUCACCUUCUCCUGAAGUUCUUGAAUUGGUAACUACCUGUCCGGCCCCUGGCCCGCCUCCCAGAACACACACCGACAGCAUGGAACCCAAGGCAGAUGCUUUUGUUAGUGAACAAGUAGAAGAAGAGGAAUCCGAUACCCCAGUCGCAGAUGUGGAAGAGAAAGCACCUGGCUUGGAAGAAGAGGCUGCAGGAACUGGAGAUUCGUUGCAAUCGCAACUGGAGCCCGACAAGGGGAAGGAGGAUGUAUCUUCAGAAGGGACAAUAUCAGAUCAUCCUGAUAGCUACGAUGAAGCAUAGAUGAUGGCCCCUUAUCUAGAUACUAAUCAUUUUUGCAGUGGAGUUUCUGAUUUUACUGUAUUUAUAGAGGAGGUAUUUUGAUGUAGAGUUUUAUUGUAAGAUAGAAAAAAAAAAUGUAGAUGGUGGCGUUAUAGUAUUUUAUACCAAAAUUGAGAUUGCUUAGAUUGUGUUCAUUAAUCUAGCUGGUAGGUGCACCUCAUUGCUGAUUCAAAAUGUCAAAUUGCUCUUAUUUCAUCCGAGUUAAGUCCCUUUUGUUUG